AUGUAUUCUAGCGAAACUAUUGAACCACGAAGCGUACGAUCGGUUAUUGGAAGUGCAAAUGGACGGUCUUCACAAAGGAAAACGAGUAGUAGCAACACAUCCGCUUCUUCACGCUUAUUUAUGAAUGCGGUAAAGGAUGCAAGUAGAAGUUUAAGGACGACAGGAGAGAAACAUGAAGAAAAUGGCACAGAUAGGACAACUAAACGCUCUUAUAGUCCGAGCCAAGAUCAGCCUAAAGACGAUCUAAAAACCAAAGCUCGAAAAGUUGAGAGUGAAUCGAGUAUAGACAAAUACCGUGUGUACGAGACAGAUCAUUCUCAAGAUAAAAUAUCUCGCAUAAAACUUGAACGACAAUCAGGUGAUCAAGGGUUAUAUAAUGUUUUGCAAGAAGAACACGAUCAUAGUAGAUAUGUUAAUGAGCGGCGCCUUUCACAACAAAGUACACGGCAGAUUCAACAACCGAGGAGUGUUUUAGAUCGGUUAGGAAAAAAGGGUGGUUUGAUGACUGCUUACAUCAAUCCUGCAUUUAUUCAAAAUUCCAACGCCACUCCUAUACCUACACAACCCAAUAGCAAUACCACACCAACAUCUAAAAUUUCUCGCUGUAGACAUUGGCCUAAUUGUGAUCUUGGUGUUCAAUGUAAAUUUCAUCAUCCAACAGAAAUUUGUCCUAUGGUUCCUAAUUGCCCAAAUUCACCACGAACUUGCUUGUACAUUCAUCCUGCAAAUCAAGACUUCAACACAUAUGAACAAGGUGGCUUGUAUAGACAAAAUUCAUUUGGCAAUGGCACAGGUGGGCAAAUAGCCUUUGGAAAUCGUUCGGUUGAUCCAAGUUCUUUCGGAUUUGGUCCAAUCGGACAAGAUCCAAUGAAUCAUUUCGUAGUUGGACAGAGCGUGGGAGGAUUUAGCGGAAUGGGACAGAAUGUAUUCGGACCUGGUUCAUUCAAUCAGAAUAACAUUCAACAAAGUUCAUUUGGAACAAGUUUAUAUGGUCAAAAUGCUCUUAAACAAGGUGUUCCUAAUAAAGUUGGAUCUGUACAAGGGUUAAAUAUCCAAGGCCAGCGAGGUACAGAACAGGAACCUAAAUCCGGUGCUGGAUCCGUAAACUCGACAACUUCUAUCACAACGAUCGCUUCAAUCACUACUACUUCUAGAAAUAUUUCUACAGGGACAUCUUCUCAAGAUGCGGACGUUACACCAUUACCGCAAAGUUCCCAAGCUCUUGCAGUUUUAUGCAAAUAUGGUGAACAUUGUGCAAAUCCUAAUUGUAUGUAUGCACAUUCUAGUCCUGCAGCUGUUGGGACUGGUACAGUACCAUCACCUAUAUUGGAUGUGCCUUGCAAAUAUGGAACUGAGCCUGAUUGCGCAUAUUCUCAUCCAAAUGGCAACAAAGAUCACAUACCAAACAUCUCUGAACGUACAUUUGUAUCUGUACCUGACGAGAUGACAGAGAAGAUUAUUCCAUCUAAGAAUAAUAAUGAUGAGUCAUUAGAGGUCAAAGAUGUUGCAGAUAAUGGUGCACAAUCGGAGGAUGCCAAAAAUAAUAAAGAGAAUGAAGUUGGUAAUGAGACUACUAAAAGUAAGGAGACGGAGGAA